UAGAUGCGGGUGCAAAUUUGGUUUAAAAGCGUCGGUAGAAUUUUGAUCUGAUAGUAGAUCUGUUUUUGCUCUUGGUCACCAUUGUUACCUCUUCCCGCGGCAAUAUGAAGCUCAAUUUUGCUUUGCUGACCGUUAUCGGAUUGUUCGCCAUGGCCUGCAGUCAACAACCAAUCAGUCAGGAGUGUUUCACCCGUCCCAACGAGGGGAAUCCAAAGGAUUGCUGCAAGGCACCGAACGUCAUCCCGCCCAAGGAUCAAUUCGCCGAAUGCAUGCAAAAGUACCCGAAACCAAGCGAACCUCCAACUCCUGGAAGUAUGCCACCGAAUCAUAAUUGUUUGGCGCAAUGCAUGUUUGAGCAGCAGGGCAUCAUGGCCGACGGAGCAGUGAGCAAGGAUGCCGCGAUCAGUAAAACGGUGGCCGUUAUGGGAGGAUCUUCGGAAUGGGAAGCGACCACCAAAAAUGUCGUUGAAGCAUGCUACCAAAAGGUGUCCGCAUUGGGAGCGCAGAAGGACAGUCAGGGAUGCAGCGUGAUGGCCGGUAGCUUCCUGGACUGCAUGCCAUCGAUGAUGUUCACGAACUGCCCUUCAUCGGCUUGGACAGCCAGUACCGAAUGUGAACAGAUGAAAGCCCAUUUGCAGAAGGGAUGUCCCAUCUUUACCUUGUGGAAAGGACCACCAUCACAUUAGAGCUAUUGCAAAAUAUCUGAGAAGUCACCCAUCUGUUAAGAAGGACAUUGAUAAUGCAUUCAUAUAUUCAAUAAACUACAUACCUAUAUCACAGUA